AUGGAUUUAAUUGCCCAGGUGAUUCAACAUGUUGACGAAUGUGUAAUAUCUCCACCAUGUCAUUCCAAUGCUACAUGCAAUAACACAGAUGGAUCUUAUUUUUGCACAUGCGAUCCUGGAUAUACUGGUGAUGGAUUUAAUUGCACAGAUUUUGACGAAUGCCUAACAUCUUCCUCAUGUCAUUCCAACGCUACGUGCAAUAACACAGAUGGAUCUUAUAUCUGCACAUGUAUUUCUGGAUAUAUAGGAGAUGGAUUUAAUUGCUCAGAUGUUAACGAAUGUGUAAUAUCUCCACCAUGUCAUUCCAAUGCUACAUGCAACAACACAGAUGGAUCUUAUUUUUGCACAUGCCAAUCUGGAUAUACUGGGGAUGGGUUUAAUUGCUCAGGAGAUGGAUUUAUUUGCACAGAUGUUAACGAAUGUGUAAUAUCUCCACCAUGUCAUUCCAAUGCUACAUGCAACAACACAGAUGGAUCUUAUUUUUGCACAUGCCAAUCUGGAUAUACUGGGGAUGGGUUUAAUUGCUCAGAUGGGUCUUAUAUCUGCACAUGUAAAUCUGGAUAUGCAGGAGAUGGAUUUAUUUGCACAGAACACAGUGAUUGGGAAAAUAAAAAUGCUUCAACUACCAUUUCAUAUGUUGACGAAUGCCUAACAUCUUCCCUAUGUCAUUUUAAUGCUACUUGCAAUAACACCGAUGGAUUUUAUAUUUGCACUUGUGAUUUUGGAUAUAAUGGAGAUGGAUUUAAUUGCACAGAUGUUGAUGAAUGCGUAACAUCUUCCCCAUGUCAUUCGAAUGCUACGUCCAAUGACACAGAUGGAUCAUAUAUUUGCAAAUGUGUUUCUGGAUAUACUGGAGAUGGAUUUAAUUGCUCAGAUGGAUCUUAUAUCUGCACAUGUUAUUCUGGAUACACUGGAGAUGGAUUUAACUGCACAGACGUGGAUGAGUGCGUGGAAGGUGCGUGUAGUUUAAAUGCAAACUGCACAAACACCAAAGGUUCAUACGUAUGUGAAUGCCAUGGUGGAUAUGAAGGAUUCGGGACAAAUUGCACAGGUAAACUGGGCUAUUUCUAUAUCUUGGUCCGUCAAUUAAGAUCGUUUUAUUAA